UUUGAACCAUGUCGACGCUACCUGCUCCAUUUGACAGUCAUAAAAAAGAACGAAGAAGAAACAAAAAAUCUAAAGCAUAUACGCGUACGGCGAUUGGUGAAAUGGUGAGAAGAGGCAAGCUUCGCUUUCAAGACUGGUGCAAAAUGGCGACGGUUAUUGGCGGCGGCCGCUGACCGCCGAACGGCACGCAAAGAUACUGCGAAGAGUGAAGAGAGUUUAGGGAACUAAAGCAACGCUUGAUCGGAUCCGCUGCCGAAGAAAUUGAACAUGGCGGAGAAGCAGCUGAUCGUGGUCGUUGAAGGCACCGCGGCCAUGGGUCCCUUCUGGCAGACAGUUCUUUCGGAUUACCUCGAGAAGAUCAUUAGGUGUUUUUGUGGUAAUGAGUUGACAGGACAGAAGGCUUCUGCUCCGAAUGUUGAGCUCUCUCUUGUCAUGUUUAAUGCUCAUGGAUCCUAUUGUGCUUGCUUAGUGCAACGGAGUGGUUGGACAAAAGAUAUUGAUAUUUUCUUGCAGUGGUUGUCAGCCAUUCCCUUUGCCGGUGGUGGUUUCAAUGAUGCUGCAAUUGCAGAAGGGCUUGCGGAAGCUUUGAUGAUGUUUUGCGUUGCUUCAAAUGGAAGCCAAACUCAACAAAAUGUAGAUGGCCAAAGGCAUUGUAUUCUUGUUGCUGCAAGCAAUCCUUAUCCCUUACCUACCCCAGUCUAUCGUCCACAAAUGCAAAAUAUGGAGCAGAGCGAAAAGACUGAAGUGCAAACAGAAAGCCGUCUAUCUGAUGCUGAGGUGGUUUCUAAAUCUUUUGCUCAGUGUUCUGUUACCCUUUCUGUCAUUUGUCCAAAACAGCUUCCUAAACUUAGAGCAAUCUACAAUGCGGGAAAACGCAACCCUCAAGGAGCAGAUCCACCAGUUGACAAUGUUAAAAAUUCUCAGUUUCUUGUUCUAAUUUCAGAGAAUUUCAUGGAGGCACGUGCUGCUUUGAGUCGGUCUGGAAUUACAAGUUUACCUUCAAAUCAGAGUCCCGUAAAACUGGAUAUGGCGUCUGCUCCUCCAGUUUCUGCACCACCUCCAAAUUCAAUUCCAUCAGUGAAUGGAUCUAUCAUGAAUCGGCCACCAAUUUCUGCUGGAAAUGUUCCCACUGCAACUGUAAAAGUUGAGCCAAGCACUGUUACUUCGAUAGUAUCUGGACCUUCGUUUCCACAUAUUCCACCUGUUUCACGCGCUCCUUCUCAAGGAGUCCCAAGCUUGCAGACAUCAUCACCACCCUCUUCUUCUCAGGACAUGAUCUCAAACGUUGACAAUGUGCAAGAAUCGAAACCAAUGUCACAGUCCUUACGUCCUGCAGUUCCUGCUGCUGCAAAUGUGAGCAUUCUGAACAAUCUUUGCCAAGCACGACAAGUGAUGAACUCUGCAGCUCUGACUGGGGGAACCUCUAUAGGUCUUCAACCGAUGGGUGGAACUCCUAUGGCCAUGCAUAUGUCAAAUAUGAUAUCCAGUGGGAUGGCAUCUUCUGUGCCGCCUGCUCAGACAGUUUUCUCAUCUGGGCAAUCAGGUACAUCAAUCACUGGGUCAGGAACCCUGGCAGGGACUGCACAAGUUGCACAAAACUCUGCACUUGGUUCAUUCACUUCUGCAAAUUCGAAUGUUUCUGGCCAUCCAAAUCUAGGCAUCUCACAGUCAUUGGGUAAUCUUCAAGGAGUUAGUAUUAGCCAAUCAGUAUCGGGCAUGAGCUCAGGAAAUAUUUCAGGAGCACAAAUGGUACAAAGCGGAAUUGGCAUGAACCAGAACAUGAUGAAUGCCCUUGGUCAAUCAGCUAUUUCUUCUGGCACUGGCACUGGCACUGGCACUGGCACAAUGAUUCCCACUCCAGGAAUGUCUCAAUCAGUACAAUCGGGAAUGCAAACUCUUGGCACAAACAACAAUUCUGCUGCAAAUAUGCCCUUACCACAGCAACCAUCGAGUACUUUGCAAUCCGCACAAUCCAAAUAUGUGAAAGUGUGGGAGGGAAACUUGUCUGGGCAGAGACAAGGGCAGCCUGUUUUCAUCACCAGAUUGGAGGGUUAUCGCAGUGCUUCAGCUUCUGAAACGCUUGCUGCAAACUGGCCACCAACAAUGCAAAUAGUUCGGCUUAUAUCUCAAGAUCAUAUGAAUAACAAGCAAUAUGUUGGGAAGGCAGAUUUUCUAGUUUUUCGGGCCAUGAAUCAACAUGGUUUUCUUGGGCAGCUGCAAGAUAAGAAACUUUGUGCAGUGAUCCAACUACCUUCUCAAACGUUGCUGCUUUCUGUUUCUGACAAAGCCUGCCGCUUGAUUGGAAUGCUUUUUCCUGGGGAUAUGGUUGUGUUCAAGCCCCAAGUACCUAGUCAGCAACAUCAGCAGCAACAAUUGCAACCGCAGCAACAUCAGCAGCUCCAGUCACAACAGCUUCCACAGCUACAACAGCAGCAGAUGCCGCAGCUGCAGCAACAACAGCAGCUUCCACAGCUGCAGCAGCAGCAACAGCUGCCACAACUUCAACAGCAGCAACAGCUGCAACAGCAGCAGCAAAUGGUUGGCACGGGGAUGGGCCAGGCUUAUGUUCAGGGUCCAACCCGGUCUCAGUUAGUUUCACAGGGACAAGUUUCUUCACAAGGACCGUCGAGCAUGCCGGGAGGGGGCUUUUUAAACUAGUUACACUUUCAGCCCUCAUGAAGUGAAAAUAAAACUUUAUUGAGCAGGGGAAUGUGUCCUCGUUAAAAGCCUGGAUGGAUGCUUUUAAUCAAAUGCUGACUUUUAGUGUAUUAUAAUUUGUAGAUAGCGUUUGUGAAAUCAAAAGACCAGGCCAUGUUCGGAGAACUCCCCUUCCUCAGUAGAUGUGUGUAAUCAUGUGGAGUCCAUUUACUAAUAAGUGAUGUUCAUUCUAAUGCUAUAUUUUUUAAUUAAUAAUACUGUAGUUAAAGACGUGUUAAUUUAAGCAAUUAAACUUUGUCA